UUUUAACUCAAUAAACUAAAAGAAGUUAAAAUUUGUAUUUAGCAUAUAAUUUAUUUUUAAUAUUAUACUACAACUUUAAUUAUAAUAUCAUUAUAAACUAUAUCCAGUCAUUUAUACCAUUUCAAGGACCUACCUUGUAAAAUAGUUGUGCUAUGAAGAUUUACUCAAAACCCGACAUUUCAUAAAAGUCCCAGAUUUUGGUCAUUACUAUUAAUAGAACAAUUUUAAUUCACCAGUUUGUUUACACUUUUGUUUUUACACAAGCUUACAAGAUGUACACCACACAUAACAGUAUAAGAAAACCUACACAAACCUAAUCUGUACAUAUUUACAAUAGCCCCCCUCUUCCACUUUUCAAGAUGUAUGCUGACCAAAGCAAGAGGCAUGUACACCUCUUUUGCAUGGUUUGAAAUAAAAAAUCAAAGACAUUGUGACUUCGGAAGUGAUUUUCCUGGUAGACACAAGGAGAUUAGACUCAAGGAUUACUGAGUCUGAUUGUAAAAUUUAGUAGUAAGCCUACAUAAGUUAAUCCGUCAUUAUAGAUAUUUUGUUCCAUACAGCAAAAUUAAAGUGUGAAUAAGUUUUCUAUCAGUUAAACCUAUAUUGUAUUUAAAAUUAAAGCCUAGUGCCCAUUGAAAAUACUCUUAUUUCAUUGGCUUCUUUAUGUACAGUAAUUACUAAUUUAUUCUUACUAUUAAAAUUAAAAGCAAAAUUAAUCACAGGUAAAUGUAUAUCAUCUUAACUUUACUAAUGUUUUUGUUGUAUGUUUUCAAAUUAUAAUUGUAUUUUAUGUGAUUUAUAAAUCAAUUUCAUGUGAUAAUUUUAUGAACAGCAGGUUAAAAAUGUAAUGUGGAUUUCUAUUUUAAUAUUUUUAAGCUCAGUAAACUUAAUGAAUAGUUUAGUUUACAGUUAAUUUGAUGUGCGUGUGUUCGUUUGAUCCGAACCAAACUAUAAACUAACAGUGUCUUAUCUACUCAACUUUGUUAUGGGUUUAAUGUAGUAGCAUGACAUUUUAAAUAUAAUUUCUAAUAAAAAUGAUGGUAAGUAAAAAUUACAAAUCUUAACAACUACCAAAUAACUUUUGAAUCUUAACACUCUUUUCUGAGUCGUAAAAUAUUUAUAUUAUACAUACAAAGCCAGUAAGAAAAUUAUAUAUUACAUUUAUUUAAUAAUAACGUAUUUUAUUUUUUAAUUGCCUGUAACUAAAUUAAAGCACAACUACCAAAACAAAUGUAAUUUGUUUUAUUUUUAUCCAUGUUUUAUAAAAAUGUUUCAGUUUAAUUAUAAAUGCAACUUCAAGUAACAUCUAGUAAACUCGACAAAGAAUCAAAGCUACAACCACCAAGUUGGACAGGACUGCCCAAACUGAAAGUUAUGGGAAAGGAUCCAGAGCCAUUGAAAUCUCAUUGGAUGGACAAGACAACCUCACAUCAAACCUCAAAAGAAGGUCCAGGCCUGCCAGAUCUGAAGGUAAUUCCUCCAGCCGAAGAAAAGAAGCCUCACAUCAAACGCCCUAUGAAUGCCUUCAUUGUUUGGGCCAAAGGUGAACGCCAGAAGAUACUGAAAGCAAAUCCAAACAUGCAUAAUUCUGUGAUUUCAAAAAUUUUAGGUGCAAGGUGGAAGGAAAUGUCAGAUCACGAGAAACAACCUUUUUAUGAGGAACAGAAGCGGCUGAUGAGGGUUCACAUGGAGCAGCACCCUGACUACCGAUACCGACCAAGACACAAACGUUCUCAUCUCAAAAUAUAAUAAUGUACGUUUAGCCAAGCUUUAGAAUUUUGUUAGUUUCCAAAACAAACUACAUUUUCAGACAGAAAUUUGUCCUAAAAGUACAAUCUAUAAAUAUUGUUGGUAAUGUUUAAGUGUGUUUAUUGAUAUUGUUGAUUUUUUAGUAGUUGUUUAGUAAAAAUGUUUUGGCUAAAAUGCUACUUAACAAUCAGUUACAUUGGCUCAUGUGCUUAACUGUUGUCAAAGCUGCCAUUAAUAAAUCAAACUCGCACCUCUUUUUA